AUGAAGAUGAAAGUGCGAUUCAUUUUGUAUUGGGCGAUUUUAACGAGCUCGCACGCGCUCUUUGAACCUGGAAGAUUACAAUUUGAAGAUCAUCCGCAGGAUCAGACCGUGAUUGUUGGCGAAGAUGUUAAAUUAAGUUGCAAGGCUAAUUUACCGAAUGUUAAAUACGAGUGGCUGUUCAAUGAAUCCCUUAUGACCUGGCACGGAAACAGCUUGACGAUCCCGUCGAUUAGCUCUUCCGGCGAAGGGCGGUAUCGAUGCCGUGCGACUUCCGACAAAGUCUCCCUCGUCUCCAGCUCAUCCCUGGUUCAAGUCUUCGGAGCCGCCCUUAUCGACCACCGCCCCGGAAAAAAUACCGAAUGCGUUUUUGGCUCUUCCUGCCAAGUCGUGUGUAGCGCUAGAAGCAGCAAGUUCAAUGUCACUUGGCUCAAGAACAACCAGCCCGUGGACAAAAGCCUGAUUCUUCCCAAUGGCCAUCUUGAAAUUCCGCAUGUGGCCUCGAGUGACCUUGGCGAGUACAAAUGCCAAGUCAACUUCCACGCUCACCGCGACUCCGCAAUCACAACUAUUUCUGCGAUGGAAGCCCCUAAAACUGGCAUUGUUCUCAAGCCAACGCCACCAUCACGACUUUCCGUUCCCUUUGGAGAAAACAUUUUACUUGCUUGUCACGCCGUGGCACCCAAUGAUCUCGUAGAAUAUGAAUGGGAAAAGGAUGGAGAAAAUGUCACGCUGGAUGAAAAUAAAAAGCUUGUCGGCCUGGGAAAUCUGCUUAUCGAAUCUGCAAGGGGAUCAGACGAUGGGAACUACAAAUGCACAGUGAAAGGGGAUAGACGCAGAGGUAGUUCAAGCGUCACAAUCUCUCUCACAGUCACAGAUAUCCCCUCUCCGGUCUUUCUGAACCGCGAAAGUGAACUUGCCCAAUGUGUCUGUCCAGAAGAAGCGAUUUUCUACAAAAAUGGAAAACACGUUCGCACUCUAAAAUCGGAAGAAAACGCAAUCAAGGUCGACCAAGAUGGUUUCUAUCAGUGUUUCUGCCCCUCCAAAACACUAGAAAGCGCGGCGAUGGAAAUUUAUAAGAUGGACGCGCCCGCGCCGAUUCCAUUGGACAUUCUUGAAAUUCGCCCAAGCGGGUUCAAAGUCAGCUGGGCGACGAGCGGAAGCGCAAGCGGCAUUGUGUACCUUAAAUCCCGCGACAAAGGCGAACAACAAUUCCCGUUUGAUGAAACAGUCGAACUGCCGAUCGCAGUUACCGCCGGCGACUACGAAGUGAAAGUAGAACUACUCGAGCUUGUCGGAGAUACAACUACCGGUCCCAGAUGGUCGCAAACUGUGCUUGUUCACAUCCCACAACCGGACGAAGUGCCACCGAAAGUGACAGACCUCCAGCUGCGGGUUAACAAUGAAAACUCGAUUGUCUGUGAAUGGACCCCCGUAGAGUUGGCUGAAGACUAUAUUUUGAUAAUUGAGGCUGAAAAUAUGCUCCAGAAAGUGUACUCAAGUGUGACCACUCCCUUCGAAAUCACUUCCAUCCCAUCGAAUAUCAAGAAAAUUCGAGCGCAGCUUCAUGCCAAAGGCCACGAGGGAUUCUCUGAGCCGUCCGAAUGGAUGGAGCUGGAGUUAAAAAGAACGACAAGAGAAAAACCCUUCCCUCGAAAAGCGCUACGUCCAGCCAUUGUAGAAGAUGUAAAGCUGUCCCUCCAAGAUACGACCACAAUUCUUGCGACUUGGAGCAAACCAGAUGAUAACCAAGUUAUCGAUAGCUACACAGUUCGCAUUCGCGCAGUUGGCGACUCCGAUUGGGAAGAAUUCACUGCGGAAGACACAAAGUUUAUCUUCACCGAUCUCACUCCAGAAACAGCCUAUCAAGUCCGCAUUGCCGCGAAUGCAGGGGCAGUCAAAGGUCGCUGGUCGAAAACUGUCGUAAACGACAUGUCAAUUUUGCCAGCAAAAUUUUUCGUUGACAAGCUAAAAGUCUCUACUGAACCAAAUCUGGAAUAUUUGCGGAUUCUGAAUACGAAUUCAACGACGAUAUCCGUUGUUUGGUCUUUUGGCGAAAAUCCGGCUGAAGACUUCUACACAAAAAUCAGAUGGGGAACUACAGACGAUACUGAGUACGAGUCAGAGAAACUUGGAUCAUCAAUCCGGAUUUACAAAAUCGAAAAUCUCAAGCCAAACACGGAUUAUUAUGUCUCUGCUAGGGCAUAUUGGGACAAUUUUCAAUCAAAGAGGAUUGUUGAAAAAGCAAGCACAACUCCACUGAUUGUUCACAAGCCAGCCCCGACGAAAUUUCACUGCGAGCCGAAAGGAAAUAAAGGGCUCAAUCUCGGCUGGACCAGUGCUGGAGCAACUUUUGAAAUUCAAUACAGAAUUCAAGCGAAAAAUCCUCGCCGUUACGACUCCAUUAAAACCCACGAAUCUUUUACGUCCACAAAGAAUCAUGAGUUCACGUUGAAGCCUCUUGAAUCCGACAAAACUUAUGAGCUACAGGUUCGUGAAAUUGGCCGUGCCGUGGAAUCGGACUGGGGCGAGACGGUUUUAUGCACAACAGGCGGCUACAAGCUCUCUAUGCCGUAUGGGAUUGUCGCUAUUCCAUCAAAAGAGACUGGAAAUCUUAAUUUACAGUGGCAAAUCGACGACGAAAAGCGUGUCGAUGGAUACAGCGUCUACUACAAGAAACCUGGAAAAGGAAGCUCAUGGAAUUCCGUGAAAGUCUUAGCCGGAGCUAGAUCCUGCCCAAUUUCCGGUCUUGAAGCAGAAACCGAAUACAUAUUUAAAGUGUCCGCCGACUCAAUGUCUGUUGGUACUAAAUCCGUAGAGUCAGACGAGUACCGACAUGUUACUGCUGCCGAACCGGCGGUGGCUGCAUUUAGCGAACAUUUCUGGUACAUCAUGAUUGGUAUUGUCGCCUUAUUGACCGUCGGUGUUAUAUUCGCCAUCGUUGCCUUGGUUCGACACAAUAAAAAUGCAAAUGGACCAGGCGCCGCUGGACCUGGCACAUAUCAACAAGGCUCACAGAGAUCUGAUGACAUUUUCGAACUACAGCAUCCCCGCUUACACGAUUUGCCUAUUGAACCUCCAAAACUCGUUCCGAAUCCCUAUCAACAAAUUUUACCUCCAAAGUUCCAUCACCACGCUCAUUCAUUCAUGACUCCCGAAAAGGCCUAUUCAACCCGAACCGCUCCGCUUCAAUCCAACGCUGGAGAUCUGCUGCACACUCCCGACGCUCAAAACUCACAACUUCACCUCCACCAGCAAAACCUCAUGUAUCAACAGAUGUGGGAGCAACAAGAGCUCCUGAACCGCGCUAGACACCUCCAACUUUCUCAACAUCAACUAUGGAUCGGCCAGACGCCCCAGCACAAUGCUUCGUUUGGUGGUCAAACUGCUUUCGGUCAAGGGGUCUAUCCACAGCCACCACAAUUCCCUGGUUCAACUCCUCAGCGUGCUAAAAUCGAACGCGCGAUGACAGAAAGAUUGCCAAACGGACCUGGUCCCAAUCGUUAUCGGCCAUAUAGACGACCAAUGGCCAGAAGAAGCAUGGGUGCCGAGCUCGCCUUUCUAAAGCUUGACACAGCAAGUUCAGUAAAAAGCUCAGAGCUUCCCAUCGCACGGAUUCCACUCAAAGACCCUGAUUCCUCUGCUACUCCAACCGGAAGGAAAUCUGGCGAUGGAGAAUCAGCGACGGGCAGUGUUCAAAGCGAAAAAAGUGACCAAGUAUUAAUGCCGCCACCAAUCGGACCCUUGUCUAUUUCUAAUGAACCCCCACUGUCUCCUGUCAACGAAUAG